UUGGUUUGAGACAAAUACAAGUUCGUAAAAAUGUCGGCAAUGUUAAUUGCGGAUUGGUCUCCCUUGGGUCGAGAUGUUUAUUUUAGGAAAUUUGAACUGUAUCCGCUGUCUUUUCAAGAUGAAGUUUUAAAUAACAAUUUAUUAGUGUCAGCUCCGUACGGAGGAUCUAUUGCUGUCACCAGAAAUCCCAAGAAAUUGGUUAAAGUUCAAGGAGCAAAUAAACCUGUCGUAUAUUUGUAUACAUCUUCUGGAAAAUUAACAGCCAAGUUGCAAUGGAGCAGCGGGCAGUUAGUUCAUCUUGGUUGGUCUCAACAGGAAGAAUUAUUAUGCGUACAAGACAAUGGCAUGGUUCAUAUAUAUGACAUGUUUGGUACAUAUCAACAUAAGUUUACUAUGGGAAAUGAGGUGAAAGAUACUAAAGUUGUAGAAGCAAAAUUCUUUCUAAGUUACAGUGGAACUGGCAUUGCUGUUUUAACAUCCACCAAUCGUAUAUUUUUAGUAAACAACGUAGUUGAACCAAAAGUUAGACAAAUAUCCGAAAUUCCCAGAUACGGAGGGCCGAUCGACUGUUGGUGUUUAGUACCCUGUGACAGAGAAACUCGCGUUGUCUUAUCAAAUCGAGAAGGAAUAUUUGUGAUACAUCAGUCGCAUCAGAUUGCAACUCGCAUACCGUUUGAAAAUCUUUUUACCAGGCAUACUAAAACGUACAGUGUGAUAGCUAUGGCUGUAUCUGGAAACAAUCGUCAUAUUGCUCUUUAUACCAAUACUGGUCAUUUGUAUAUGGGUGCUGUAAGUUUUCAAGAAAAAUAUUGCGAACAUUAUACAAACAUAAAAGAAGAACCAUUAGGAGACAUAGCAUGGUGUGGAACAGAAGCUGUAGUAUGCAGUUGGAACAGUACCGUAAUGGUAAUCGGCCGAACAGCCGAAACUAUAUUAUACACUUAUGAUGGUCCGGUGCAUCUUAUUACAGAGAUUGAUGGUGUACGCGUGUUAUCUGCCAGUUCUCACGAAAUGAUACAGAAAGUACCAAAUGUCGUUCAAAAGAUAUUUAGAAUUAAUUCAACCGAUCCAGCGUCUUACCUACUCGAAGCUUCUAAACAAUUUCAAAAAAAAAGUCACAAAGCUCAUAGUUAUAUAGAUCUAGUGAAACAUAAAUUAGACGAGGCGAUAAAAGCUUGCAUCGAUGGAGCUAGUCACGAAUUUCAUUUUGAAACGCAAAAACUCUUAAUGAGGGCAGCUAAAUUUGGAAAAGGAUUUACCAAGGCAGUUGAUCCUGAAUAUUACGUUAACAUGUGUCGAACCCUAAGGGUUCUAAACGCGGUCAGGCACCCUGAAAUUGGAAUACCAUUAACGUACACACAAUUUACCGUUCUAACGAGUCAAGUAUUAUUGGAUAGGCUCGUUGCAAGAAGACAUUACUACUUAAGUAUACAAAUUGCAAAGCAUCUUCAAUUACCGGAAAUCGACGGGGAAAGCCGAAUAUUAGCGCAUUGGGCUUGCUAUAAAGUAAAGCAAACGCAGCUGGAUGAGGAACAAAUAGCUGAAGAAAUAGCUGAUAAAUUAGGAUACGCACUGGGUGUUUCUUACAGCGAAAUUGCAAAAAGAGCAGCCGACUGCGGCCGAAAACACCUAGCUAUUAAACUAAUAGAUUAUGAACCACGUGCACAUCACCAAGUACCGCUUUUAUUAACACUUGGUGAAGAAAAGGCUGCGCUGCGUAAAGCCGUUGAAAGUGGAAAUACCGAUUUAGUUUAUACUGUAAUACCUUAUCUCAGAAAGAACAUGCCGCUCGGUGAUUUUCAGACGUCCAUAAGGCACUGCCCCUUAGCAAUGGCUUUAUAUAUCAAAUAUUGUCAGAAUCAUGAUCGGAAAACACUUCGUGAUAUUUAUAAUCAAUAUGAUGAUUUUCAUUCUCAAGCGAUAUGGUUUAUUACCGAGAGUUACCAACCAAAGAAUAUAACGUCCAGAGAAGCACUAUUACAAUCCGCACACGAAAAUUUCAAAUUGGCUCGUAACGAUACCAAUGCCGCUUUGACAGAGGAACAAAUAAAACUAUUGCGCUACCAAAAAUCUGUGGAAGAGACAUUACAUGAAUCGAUUAUUGGGAAACCACUUCAUGACACUGUCAAAAUAUUACUCUUGCAGAAUGAAUUAAAGUUGGCUGACAAGUUAAGAUCAGAAUUUCGAAUACCAGAUCGAAGAUAUUGGUGGUUACGAAUACAAUGUUUAGCAGAACAAGCUAUGUGGGAUGAGCUAGAAAAAUUUUCAAAAAGUAAAAAAUCUCCGAUUGGUUAUGAGCCUUUCAUAGAUCAGUGCUUAAAAUAUAAUAAAGAAAAGGAAGCGAAGAAAUAUUUACCUAAAGUAAGAGAUGAAUUGAAAGUAAAAUACUUCGUUAAAUUAAAAAUGUUGAAUGAGGCGGUUCAAACAGCGGUAGAACAAAAAGACGUUACUGCCUUAACGUUUAUAUUGACGCAGGACGAAGGAACAGAUAGACAAUUCACCGAUAAAAUUAAUAUGUACAUAGCAAGUUUCAGAAAAUGAUAUAUCCCUA